UGUUUUGGUAAUUUCUGAUGUGUUAAAUUUAUUUCUCUGGUUGGUUCUGCUAUGCUGCUGUUUUGUGUGUGUGGUGAUUUUAUUAUUUUAAUUUACUGAUUAUUGAUUAUUGAAUGUGUUGUGAUUAUUGAUUAGCUUUGGUUUUUCUAUGCUGAUGUUUUGUGUGUCACUGUGUUGCUGAGCGUUUGUUUUUGGUUGAUUGGCUUUGCUCACUGCGUGAUGAUAAAUUUCAAUUUUGAUGACUCUGUUACUGGGUUACUGGUUGAUAAUAAAUUGCAUUGCCUGUGUUACGGAUUCACUGCUCAUUCUUGCUCUUCUAUUCCCAUAACUACAGUAGUUUAUCACUUCGACAAAAAAAACUGUUUUUUAAAUAGAAAUUAUUCUAGACAAGGAGAAUGAUCUUUUAAAGAGCAAUAAUCAUGAGAAGCUGCUAAAGUGCUAACUAUUGCAUAUGUGAGAUAAGUUUCAUUGUGGCAUAAAUAUGGAGGUAAUUUGGAGGACAUAAAUAACUUUUGUGAAUUCUUAUUUGAUUUCUGAAGAUAUGUUGGAAUUAAUUCCAGUCUUUGAUAAUAAAUCUAUCUACGCUUAUAAAUACAUAAUAAGAUGAAUUAUGGCAUGAUGCUGAUCAAUAUCGAUUAUCUUGGUUUAAUGUUGCUGAAUCGAAAUUAUGUGUUGUUUUACUAAGAUUUUGAGGAUCACGCUCUAAUAAUUGACCUUGCAUAUUAGUAACUGAGCUUUUAAUAGACAAGUGUAAGGUUAAGUUUUGUGAUUUACAUGUGCUUGGAUUGUGGCUGUUUUGAUGAUUUAUUGAGUAACACGAUGAAGGAGCAUUAAAAUGUCAAGUUUAGCUCUGGGUUAUUGUGAAAUCCUUUUGCUUUUCCUGAUUUGUUUUGAGUCUCCUCAAGUGAAUACAAUUUUACUGUGAGUCUGCAGGUUUGAGUCUCCUCUUGAUUAGAAAUUUGUGGUAUGUUAGGUGGCAGGUUAGAUUUAGGUGGCGAUAGCUUUGAGCCUGCAGCUAUGGAAGAAUGAGGUUUCUAAACUUCUAGUUUGUGUUAAAUGAUGUGGAUUGUUCAGCUGCUACUUCGAGGAACUUUCAUUCUUUUUUUUUCGGUGACGAAACCUUCAUUCUUUUUUUUGUUGCUUGGACAAAUUUAAACCAGAGUUGGAAAUGGUUUGAUAUGUUUUCGAUGUAAUUGCUUUAUUGAUUAAUGUCAUCAAAGCAAACAUUUAUAGGAUGAAGAAAGGAUUUUGGUUUCUCUUAUAGCAAACUUUGAAAGCAAAACCUUCAGUUCAUUAAAAUAUUUAAGUUUGUACUUUAUCUAAAGAUCUUAAGAUAUUUUAAAGUUUAUAUUAGACUAUAAUUAUAUUUUAGAGUGUUUAUUUAUAAUUUAUUUAUUAUUUUAAUAUAAAACGGUUUUUCCAGUUGAACCGGUUAAACUAUUAAACUAGUAAACCAGUGACUAGAGUGGUUCGAUAACCGGUCCGGUUUUCAGAACCUUGGUCCAGACUAGUUUUCCAAACCUUGAUUCUAAUAUUUGCAUCCCUUAUCCUUCUAACUUUCUUGGCAUCUCUCUUUAUUGUAGAAUCGUUUUGUUUCUUUUAGAGGUUCUCGUCCCAGAAUCCUAAAUUGCUGAUUCCAAUAUUUAUUGGACUGAAGAAUCAUCUUUCGACACAAUCGUGAUGCUGAUAUAGUGAGUAGUUUUGAAUCUGUUGCUUUGGUCUGUAUUGCGUUGUUUUGGAAAAUUGUUGAGCACAGACAUUGCAAAAUCUUUCUACAAACAAACAAAGGAUAUAGCCUGACUUAGGGAUAAAGGAAAAGAAAAAGAGAAUUCGAUCAAACCCCUUGCUUCCUUGAUGGUCAUGGCUGCGAUUCGGAGUAUCAACACAGUGGCAGAGGCUAUGCCCCGACUCACCAGAUUCUCUCUUCAAGCCCCAAAAUUGGUGGAGGUGGAAUUUGCCGAUGGUCAUGUAUUCAAGUUGUCGGCUGAGUUUCUAAGAAUAAACAGUCCUGCAGUUGAUGGAAAAAUCAGAUCAAUUGGAGGUGAAAAGGUAAUAUCUGGGAGACGGCACGUGGGAAUCAUGUCUGCAGAACCGGUAGGGAACUACGGGGUAAGGCUUAAUUUUGAUGACUUGCACAAAACCGGAAUCUAUUCGUGGGAUUAUUUCUAUCACCUGGGAAGUAACAAGUUUACCCUCAUGAGAAAUUACAUCGAAACACUGAAGAAAUAUGGGCUAAGCCGGGAUCCACGCGGAAAAAAAUGAUGCAGGCAUCCGCUUCUUGAUUGGCCAAAACUGGUUUGAAAUUGUGUCAGUUGACAUCAUGAAACUUGUGCUUGUCUUUGGAUAGCUUCAUCUGUUGAAAUUGAAAAACUGAAUUUUGUAUGAGAUGUGAAGAAUAGUGUUUCAGUGAAGUAUUCACUAAUUAUCAAAGGAUGAAAGAAAUAAAGGAGUGUCCUUCUUGACCCA